AGAGCAAGAGGAAGAAAUCUAUAUAUACUGAGCAGCCAUGGCACCAGGAGAACACCAUGCAGUUGAUGUUGAACAGCUUGUAUCCUCAAUGGAGACAAUCUUGUCAUCCGCAACCUUCUCCAUAGGCCCAGAUAGCUGCAUCUUUUCCACCCCAGACAUCCUCCUGAGACACAACAAGAAAGCCUACAUCCCGACCGCAUUCUCGAUCGGCCCCCUUCACCACCGGCAAGACUAUCUGAAGCGGACUGAGAAUAUCAAGCUCAAGUACCUCCAGAACCUCGUGUCCCGGACUGGUGUUGCGCUGAAGGACCUGAUUGGCACGGUCGCAAGGAUUGAAGCUGAUUGGCACGGUCGCAAGGAUUGAAGCAGAUGCCCGUAAGCACUAUGCAGAAGAUAU